AUGAAUCUCAUCACUCCCUCCAUCAUCAUCUUCUUCUUCUUCUUCUUUCUCUGCAACUCAUCACCCUCCCAUUCUCCUCAAACCACCGCUUCCAUCGACCAACUCGCUCUCCUUCACUUCAAAUCCCUUCUCACUGACCCCACCAACUCUCUCUCCUCAUGGAACUCCUCCCUCCAUUUCUGUCAAUGGCAAGGAGUCAAUUGCAGCAUUACUGGCCGAGUCACAAGACUCAGACUCAUCUCGCUUCAGCUCGCUGGUCCCAUUUCACCAAGCAUUUGCAAUCUUACCUUCCUCGAAUCGCUUGAGCUUGUCGAUAACAAUCUCAUUGGCACUAUUCCGGCCGAGAUUGACCGACUUUCCAAUCUCGUGAAUCUAACCCUGAAGUUGAAUUAUCUCACCGGCGAGAUUCCGACGAGUAUUGUUCGUUGUUCGAAUCUGCAGUUUGUUCAUUUGAGGAGUAAUUUGUUUACAGGCGAAAUCCCUAGGGAGAUCGGCUUGAUGUCUAAUUUGCAGGGAAUCAACUUGUGGGAAAACAACAUCACUGGAACAAUCCCCGUUUCCAUUGGUAACAUAUCGUCUCUAAAGUUUAUUGACUUCACUGAAAAUAUGCUGGUAGGCUCCAUUCCUGAGAGCAUAGGAAGAUUGCCUAAUCUCCAGAUUCUGGAAAUGGAAGGAAACAAGUUCACUGGGGAGCUUCCUCCCUCUUUCUUCAACCUCUCAUCACUCUCUAAUGUUUACUUAAGAUUCAACAACUUGGAAGGAACUUUGCCUUCAUCAAUGUUUAUCACAUUGCCAUAUUUAAAGCAUUUCCAGCUGAGCGACAAUAACUUUCAUGGUUCAAUUCCAGCCUCAGUUUCCAAUGCAACUCAUCUUAUUGAACUUGACCUCUUAGGAAAUGGAUUCAGUGGAAUCAUACCCUCGAAGCUUGGAAAUUCACAAUAUUUAAGGCGGGUGUCGCUUUCUUCAAAUCAGCUAGAAGCUAAUGAGGUCAGUGACUGGGAUUUCAUGGAGUCAUUGACCAACUGUAGCUAUUUAGUGACACUUGAACUGCUUGAUAACAAACUAGGAGGUGUUCUUCCAGCUUCUUUAGCAAAUCUUUCUUCUGGGAUUACUACGCUUUCGAUUGCUCAAAAUCAGAUCACAGGGAAUCUUCCUGCUGAAAUCGGCAACCUUGUCAAUCUUACAAGGUUUGAAGCUUAUGACAAUCUCUUGACAGGUUCCUUGCCACCCUCCAUUGGUAGGCUUAAGAGCCUACAUAAGUUGAGUUUUCAAGGAAACAAAUUUAAUGGCCAAAUUCCUGACUCCCUGAGUAACCUUUUUGAGUUGAAUCAGCUUCACUUGCAGAACAACAUGUUUGGUGGAAGCAUACCUGCCAGUUUUGGAAAGCUUGAGAACUUGCAGGAGUUGGAUCUGUCUUGGAACAGAUUCAAUGGUGAAAUCCCCGAAGAAGUGCUCAGUAUUCAGUCUCUUUCAGUGCACCUUGACUUGUCAAAUAAUCUGCUUACAGGGAGUUUGCCGGCAGAAAUUGGCAAACUGAGAAAUCUGAAUUGGUUUGCAGCUGCCAAUAACAAGCUAUCAGGUGAAAUACCAACUAGUCUUGGAAAUUGCAUGAGCAUAGAAUAUCUAUUUCUGCAAGGCAAUUCAUUCCAAGGCGCCAUUCCUCAAUCUUUGAGCUUCUUGAACGGCCUGCGUGAAUUAGAUCUUUCACACAAUAAUCUUGAUCAGAAUAUUCCAAUGUUUUUGGAGGAUUUCAAGGUGCUUCAGCUUUUGAAUCUAUCAUUCAAUGAAUUGAAAGGUGAAGUACCAGCAAAUGGUGUCUUCAAGAACUCUACUGCAGUGUCACUAUAUGGGAACAAGCAGCUAUGCGGAGAUGAUAAAAAGCUCCAUUUGCCAUUAUGUGAUCAUGAGCAUUCUAGCAGUUCAAAUGGAAAAAAACAUCUAAAGCUUGCACUCAAGAUAGUCAUUCCAUUCAUUGGUAUUCUCUUAUGUUUAUCAUUUGGUAUAAUUAUUUUCAUCAUUUUAUGUCAUUCCAAACGCAAGCAGAAGAAGCUCUCUUUCAAUCUAUUGAAAGGUCAAUUCAGAAGAACUUCAUAUGCUGAACUUCUAAAAGCAACAGAUCAGUUCUCUUCUUCUAAUCUGAUUGGAGUUGGGAGCUUUGGCUCUGUUUACAAAGGAAUUAUAGAACCUGGUGACACCAUUGUUGCUGUGAAGGUAUUGAAUCUAGAGCGAGAAGGUGCAUUAAAGAGUUUCAUGACAGAAUGCAAAGCAUUGAGAGAUAUUCGGCAUCGAAAUCUUGUUAAGAUAUUGACAGUUUGCUCAUCUAUAGAUUUCAGUGGGAAUAGUUUCAUAGCAUUAGUACUUCAGUACAUGCCUAAUGGAAGCUUGGACCAUUGGCUUCAUCAAAGGGGAUCAGUUACUGAAACAAAUAUGUUAAUCUUCCUCCAAAGAUUGAGCAUAGCAAUUGAUGUGGCUUCUGCACUUGAUUAUCUGCAUAAUCUUGGUCAUGCACCAAUUGUGCAUUGCGAUUUGAAGCCGAGCAAUGUCCUUCUAGACGAGGAAAUGAGUGCUCAUUUGGGUGAUUUUGGGUUAGCUAAGACCCUUCUUGACAUAGAUGAGAAUCAAGCUGCAUCGAUUGGGAUAAAAGGGACCAUUGGAUAUGUUCCUCCAGAAUAUGGAAUGGGAAGUAAAUCUUCUCCUCAAGGAGAUGUAUACAGCUAUGGAGUAAUGUUGCUUGAGCUGUUCACAGGAAGAAGGCCAACAGAUGAAAUAUUUAAGCAUGAUCUAAGUCUAAGGGAUUAUGCAGAGAGUUCAGAUAUUGAUAAUCUCAUGGAGAUCAUUGAUCCAUGCCUUAUAUCAGAAGCUCAAAAUAGAGUUCAGGACAACAGGUUUGAUAUGCUUGAGGAACUCAAAUGCUUAGAUUCAGUUAUAAGAAUAGGUCUUUUAUGUUCUUUGGAUAAUCCAAAGCAGCGUAUGGAAGUAGUUGAUGUGAUAAAUCAACUGAAUGUUGAUACAAGUGGAUUUUCAAUAAGUACCAACAUGAAACAAUGUGCAUCAUCUUUGAUAGUUGGUCCAGGAGCUGGCUAUAAUUUGUCCAACCCAUUGCCUGAAGAUAAUGCCAUUGCUGAGGAUACCGAAUGGAUCAGCUUAGAAACCAAGAAGUUCAGGAACUGUUCCACCGCUGGCUUGAACCUUUCAACAUGGUAUCAGAGCCACAAGCUUAAUAGCCAUUCUCCUUCUUCAUUCAUGGCUGAAUCCACCGACUCAGCCAUUAACUCUCAGAUGGCUCCAAUGCCUGUCUGUCGAAACACAUCCUCUCAAAAAAAUGGCCAAGCUAUCUUAAAUCUUGAAUACACUCUAUGGUUACUUGUUGAUCAAAACCUUGAUGUUUUUAUGCUUUCUACAAUCUCCUCCAUUUUGUUGCAUAUACUAAAUCUUGAUACUUGCUGUGCCAUUUGGUUUACACUUGAAAAACGGCUCCACUCCACGAACCGAUCCAGAGUUAUACAACUUACAAAUGAAUUGCAUUCCAGUUCCAUGAAAAACCAGACAAUGGCUGAGUAUCUCUCUGUCGUCAAUCAUCUCGUCGACAAUAUUACUGCUGCUAGCAGCUCCCUUAACACAGAGGAUAUCAUAUUGUACAUGCUGAAUGAGCUCCCAUCAAACUACCAAGCCUUCAAGAUUGUCAUUCAAACAAAGCUUACUCCGAUCAAUUUGGAUGCCUUAUAUUCACUCCUAAGCAGUGAAGAAAUUAACUUGGCUACUGAAGCAUCAAAAGAAAUCAAGCUAUUCUAG